AUAACAACCUUAGCCUAGUAAACCCCUCUCAUCCAAUGUUUCAGAUAUCGAGCUAGUGUUGUAAGAGAGUGUCCAUACCUAAACUGGCCUGACGGGGAUUAGCAUGUCACGGAGAAACACAUCUGAAUGUGUCACACACUGCUCGUGGCUAGAGGUGUUUUUUUUAAUUAGAUGUGGACAGUGACCCAGACGUUCCAGAUUCCUUGCGUCAACUUAUGCGCGUGGUACUUCCAAAUGCCAGUGAUUAGCCAAUAAUUGGACCGAAGUUUGGGGAAAAGUUCACAGCAAACGGAUCAAGUUGAAUCUGUGGUAGAAUUGCAAUGGCAGAAAGAAUGUCUCCCGAAUUGUCUCAUGCACAAGGACCAGGAAAACAGCAGGACCAGCUCAACGACUUGGAAUCUGAUUCGGACCAGGAGGAAGACCAUGCAACGGCCACCGGGACCGGACCGGCUGUUGCUGGCUCUUUCCUCCGCGCACAGGUCAUUCAUAGCGGACAUUUCAUGGUGUCCUCCCCUCACAGCGACAGCACGCCGCGGAGACGAAAAAGCGGAGCCUCAGUGGGAUAUGAUUUCGAUACGGUGAACAGGACUUGGUGUCAGACGUACCGAUUCGGUCCACUUAGUUCGGGGAGCCUUAGCAUCGACCCAACGCUGACACGGUUAUUUGAGUGUAUGUCACUGGCCUACAGUGGUAAAAUAGUCUCUCCAAAGUGGAAGUCUUUCAAAGGCCUGCGGCUGCUCUGGAGAGAUAAGAUACGUCUGAAUAAUGGGAUCUGGAGAGCCUGGUUCAUCCAGUACGUGGAGAAGAGGAAGAACCCGGUGUGUGGCUUCGUCACACCCCUGGAGGGCUCAGAGGCCGAAGCCCACCGCACUCCUGAGGCAAUAGUUCUGGAAGGAAGCUACUGGAAGCGUCGCAUAGAGGUGGUGAUCAAGGAGUACCACAAGUGGAGGAUCUACUACAAGAAGAGGCUUCAGAAAAACAAAGAUGGCCUCUUGUCAAUGCUAAAGAAGGGUCAGAUUUGCAGGGCGGAGCUGGAGAAAUGGUCCAGUCAGAUGGACCGGCAGCCUGAGGUCCUGCCUGAGGAGGAAGCCCACAUGUUUGACCUGGACUGUUUCCUGUCGGACAUCUCUGACACCCUGUUCACCAUGACCCAGAAGCCCUGGGCCAGCGACCGACAGAACACAUACACCAGCAACGCUGACAUGAUCCAGCCAGGUCUCACGCCGCUGCAGCCCAACCUGGAUGACUUCAUGGACAUCCCAGAUAUCUUCAUGAGUUACCGGGGGCAGUCGUUGGAGCAGCCUGGUUAUUCCGACUGUGGCUACUUCGAGAGCGCCCCCGGCGGGCCAUUCCUCCCGGUGCCCACCCCUGCCGGCGCGGCCCCUCAGUUAGACGGCCACACGCGGCCGGCUCAGCCCAAUCUGUCAUCUGCCAGCCUGACUCAGUCCUCCUCAUCCAACUCUCUGUCAGGCCCUGGCUACCACAGGCAACCCCUGACCUCUGACAUGACUUUCAGCCCCGGCGCCAACCCCAAGUUCAAAGGUCACCAAGAACAGGAUUACCACAGCGAGUAUCACACUAGCAGCAUGGUAUCAGAAGACGUCCCCUCUUAUGGACAACAGCCCUACCCCGGAUCUGCCAUCACCAUGGCAACCACCAACAUACACCAGCAGCCUGUCUCCCCGGGAGACGGGACCUUUUUGUAUCCCUCUCCCUGUCACAAGUACGGUUACCAUGGGGCCACUGGCACCGCGACUUCCAGCGUCAUCACCCACACUGGGCCCGCUGCGGGGUCCAGCAUCCUGGGACCAGACACCCAGGGUCACCACGGUUACCCCACCACGGGGGGCAUGUUCUCCCCAAUAUCCUGCCUGUCUCAGGGGUACCUGCCUGUGGUUUCGGCCUCGGCCCCCCCACACUGCUUCUCAGCCCCGCAGCAGCCGGCGGUGGCGGUGGGGAGGGGAAAGCACAAGCAGAAGACAGGCGGCAGGGUUCGGACAGCGACCCGAUUGUCUGCCCCUCAGUCGCAGUCGGCCGCCCCCUCUCAGAACAGCUGCCUGGCCAAACUGCUCUCCUCCGGCACCCAGGAACGCAAACCAACACUGGGAUUCGAUGCAACGUUUGUAGCAACCAAAGGUCACAGGUCAACUUCUCCCAACUCCUCUCAUUCUGGCAGCAGAAACAUGUGUGUCAGAGGUUCUGGGCAUCAGCCGCAGUCCGGAUCUCCCUGGUCCUCUGGAGGGCCACUUCGGUCGCCGAUGCACUGCCAGAUGUCCGCCCCAGGUCACUCUGGGCUCCACGCUAGCACGUCCCGCGGCUCUGUAGUCUCCGUUCUGCUCACACAAGGCUCCACACACACCAACACAGCCCUGCUCACCCCCAAGACGGAGAAGCUGUCCCCUGUGCAGAUCUAUGGCCCUGAGAGAACAGGCUUGACAGUGAGCUUUUCUGGACACUCGGGCCAGAGGUCUCCGACCAGCCUAGAGAUGCCAUCCUACCCUGAGUCUCCACACUCCUUACCUGGACAUUCCAAAAUGGAGUCAAACAAGACGGAGACCAGGAGGAUAACUCACAUCUCUGCUGAGCAGAAGAGGCGAUUCAACAUCAAGCUAGGCUUUGAUACUCUACACAGUCUGGUCACCACUCUCAGCUCUCAGCCCAGCGUCAAGAUCAGCAAGGCCACAACACUACACAAAACAGCGGAGUACAUCAGCAAGAUGCAACAGGAGCGCACACAUCUCCACGAGGAGGCGCAGAGACUCCGAGACGAGAUCCUGCACCUCAACACUGCCAUCAAUGAGUGCCAGCAGCAGCUUCCCGCCACCGGCGUGCCGAUCACCCGCCAACGCUUCGACCACAUGAGGGAGAAUUUCCGAGAGCACGUCCGGACACAGACACUGCAGAACUGGAAGUUCUGGAUCUUCAGCAUGAUCAUAGAGCCCCUGUUUGAGUCAUAUAACGGUAUGGUGUCCACAGCCAGUGUGGAAGACCUGUGUAGAACCACUCUGUCCUGGUUGGACCAGCACUGCUCCCUCCCAGCACUCAGGCCCACGGUCCUCAGUUCACUCCGCCUGCUGAGCACGUCCACAUCCAUCCUGACAGACCCUAGCUUGGUCCCCGAGCAGGCCACCCAGGCUGUCACUCAGUCCCAGGUCCUCCCCCAGUCCCAGGGCCACAUUCAGCACUCUGACAGACCUCAGCCUGGUUCUCCAGCCUGGAUCUGACUGACCUUAGCCUGGUUCUCCAGCCUGGAUCUGACUGACCUCAGCCUGGUUCUCCAGCAUGGGAUCUGACUGACCUCAGCCUGGUUCUCCAGCCUGGAUCUGACUGACCUCAGCCUGGAUCUGACUGACCUCAGCCUGGUUCUCCAGCCUGAUUCUCCUACCCAUCCCUGGGACCACUCCUUUCUCACAAGGCCUGUCGACAGAAAGAAGACAGCCUAUGUGAACCUAUGGAACAAUAUAAUGUCCUCUGCCACAAAGGCAUUUCCCAAAAUUUCCCAAUUUUCACAAAUUUUCUGACCCUAUGGAAAAUGUUAAAUUGCCGGGAACACGGACAGUAUGUGUGUGUUUCUUUUCAACGUUCAGUGCCAAACCCAUCGCUGGUGUGCAUGACCAAAGAGCUGUGUUUUUGUUUCUUAUUUCAUUUCAUCUGUCCACGGCACCCUGUUUUAACCCAAGUGCCAAUGCCAUUUAGCAAACUCCAGGCACUUUCAUUUGUUGGUUUGCUAUCAACAAUGGUAUUUUUCUAGCCCCCAUCCUAAAUUGGCUGUUGGCUAGGAGGUGUCGUCUUAUUGUUGAUUUGGAAACCCGGAAUACACCCCCAGUUCUGUAAACCCUCAACUGUGGCUUUUGGGUUCUUCUCUUUCUCCCAAGCCAUUUCCCACACUGAACAUGAUGGCAAGAUGCACUUUGCAUGUUUAAUAGUGUUGUACUGGUUUUGAUCUUAUUGCUAAUAUAUCUAGGAAUUUAAUCCUUUUAACCGUUGUCUGUUUUAUGAAGGUCAAAAACCAUUUGUCUCCAUUCUUUUGUAACGUAUUCCUUUCCCCGUGCUGAUACAUGUACACUGAUGUGACAUUACCUCAUUUCUGUAGGCCAUUGAAACAGGAAGGCCUAAAUACAGUUCUUUAAGUGAUCCAACUGAGAAUGUUAAGACAGAUUUGAUGUUGUUCUACUUUUAAUUAUUAAUAAGAAUAUUUAGAAGUGCCUGUAAUUUUCAUACCUAUCUUUCUGAGAUGCAAAAUAGUAUAAUGAUUGGAUUUGUAAUAGUUUUCCCAUGGUUUUUGCACAAAAUAUAUCUAAUUGAAUUGUUGUUCACAUCAAUGUUUCCAAUCAUUUUGGAGGUGACCGUUUGUAAGGAGGUUCAGCGUAAAUCAUUUUGGAGGUGACCGUUUAAAAGGAGGUUCAGCGUAAAUCCUUUUGGAGGUGACCGUUUUUAAGGAGGUUCAGCGUAAAUCAUUUUGGAAGGGACCGUUUGUAAGGAGGUUCAGCAUGAAGUUAAUCCCUGACUGGACUCCUUGUCAGCAACAAGAAAUUAUAGUUUUUUGUUAAAAAAUAAAGUUUAAUCAUCAGUUGUACAGUUAAAGAUUUGUUAAUUUUAGUAAAUCUGUUCCCAAGUAUGCUCACGAAUAAAAAGAGAACUACAGCA